AUGAAACGAAACAAGCAAGAGGACGCUUCAUCCAUGAGCAGUACCAGCAAUGACAGCCUCCCUGGUUCUCUCAAUCACGAUAAAAAGAAAAAACUGAAAACGGAAGAUGCAAGACUUCUUGGAAUCGGAAUGAAUGGCGGAGCUGAUAAAAAGAAGAUGUCAGACGAAGAACGGAAAAAGGCAAUCCAAAAUUUGAGUGCUCAAAUAAUGGCAAAACCAAGUGUGAUUGCAAAUUCUUCUUCAAGUUUAUCGAACACUUCAAAAAAGUCUGACAAUUAUGAUAGUUUAACGUUUAACUCGAUUACGGAAAUUCCGAUUGAUUACACUCUCAAGACAUUUAUUGUUUUCAAAUCAUCACGGGAUUUUCUUUGGACAAAUAAUAUUACUUCCAAUUCAAAAACAUGUGGAUUGUCAAGCUUUGUUACUGGUACCCCUACAUCUGACGUAAAUUUAUUUACUAACAAUUUAAUUCAAAGCAAGGGAUUUUCUCAAGCUUCUAAUGGAGCUAUUCCGGUUUUUUCACAGAACCAACCAUCGGUGGAUUAUCAGGCAUCUAGUGAAUUUUACAAGAGUCUUUUAUACUACAUUUAUCCAUCUUCUCUACUUCCACAUUGUCUGUUGUCAAAAAUUAAGGAGCUUCCAAACUACAGCAGAGAAAAUUUACACAAUAUUUCUAGUGUGUACGAGUCAUUUCAAACUCUGACCCAGUUAGAUAUACAAUUUAUGAAUGACAGAUAUUUAUGCUGGUCAGAAGCUUUACUCUCAGUAUUUUCGUCGUUUAUUGAAGGCCUUUGCCCCUACUUUUACCUAUUAUAUGAUUACACCUAUAGAAGCUCCAUCAUUUUCUUAAAUGAUACUGUAUUUUCUGGAGCAGGUAAACGAUGUGUCAUUUCUAAUCCAAGUUCAGAUAUUAUGAAAUCACUACGUGAAGAACAAAUUGAAUUUCAAGAGUUUGGAAUUGGUUCUGAAAUGAGAACGGAAGCAGACAAUAUAAUGCUUGCUUCACGUACUGAGGAAGUAUCCAGUCAAUUUAAAUGUCUGAUUGUGUCUGGAAGAAAACAACUUCAUGCGCUUGUGGACUUUUUGACAAAUUACCAUUUGAAGUUUUUGGAUUGUGAUAUUCCUCAAAUUGUGAGCCCCAAUUCAUUCCUCAAUUCAACGUUGAAAAAAUGUAAACUAUUUCCAAGAUCAUGCAGCGAUAAGGAUUUUCAAUUUUUACUCGAAAUUAGAGGAGGCUAUUUAUUACCACAUAGCUUUUUAGACAUUUGCAAAAUAAUUCAAAAGAGUCAUAGUGAGUUGUCAUGCUCUGUUAAGGAGUUUAAAGAAGAAACAUCGAGACUUAAUGACAUCCAAGGAAAGGAUCUUGUUUGUGACAAUUCAAUACCGUCACAAGGCGUGCCACAAGCCAAUUUUCAACAUUUGUCCUAUGUUGAAUCUGAACAAAUGAGAGGUCACACCAUUAAGACCGUUACACAAUCCAAGAACAACAGUACACUCUCGUUACGAAUGAAAAAGGUUUAA